AUUAACAGCCCAUCUGUCAAACGUCAGUAAAGGUUAAGCGGCAAAUUCCCGCGCAAAAUUUGUUCAGGCAAAAAAGAAUAUUGCAACUUGUUGUCAUUGUUGAAAAAUUUUAUUACACUAUCCAGCAUGAAAUUUAAAUGUAGAAUGGUAGAUGUAAUCGCGAUGAGAGACUUUACAAAUAUUGCUAACAUUUUCGCUCGAAUAACGAAACACUGUACCUUACGAUUAACAGAGAACGGGCUGUGUUUUAGUGUCAGUGACGAUCGAAUAUCAAUGGUUUGGGCAGAAUUAUCUCAGACUCACUUUUUCACCGAAUACAUAAUGAGUGGCGUAACCGAAGAACAAAAUGAAAUUUAUUUAGAAUUCGAUCCCUCUAUGCUCGCUAGAUCAUUAGGUUCUUUACGAAUGACAGCGAAGAGUGUAAAAAUUAAAUUAACAAAUAAACGUCAGCCUUGCCUCACCUUCGAAAUCGAAUUACCGUCACUGAGCAUCGAAUCGCGGCAAUGUUUUCACGAUGUUCCGGUUAGAGUGAUACCACGAAGAGAAUGGGCAGAGCAUCAGACGCCAAAUAUACCGGAAUUUAAUAUAUCAGUUGAUAUGCCUAGACUUAAACACGUGAAACAUAUCGUGGAGAGGAUGAAAAAUAUGAGCCCGACAAUAACAUUAAGUGCAGACAAAUCUGGAGGAUUUGUAUUACAAGUUGAAACAGACAGUGCCUCCAUUUCUACUCACUUUCAGAAUCUCCAAGUAUGGAGUUGUAGCCAAGAACAAGAUGACAAAAUAUCAGUCGUUAUUGAUGUAAAAAAAUUCUACACGUUCCUUUCGUGGGAUAUUGUACAUCCUGAUAGUGUAAAAUGCAAUAUGCUUCAAGAAAGAAUGGUCAACUUGCACUUAAACGUGGCAGAUUACCUUAAAAUACAAUAUUUCAUUCCUUCGGUAGCUACUUGAAUCGUC